GACGAAAUGAGAUUAAAAGUAAAACCUGUGUCUAAACCUGUGCGAUUGUUCACCGAUGAAGAGUUGAGACGAUACGAUGGGAGUGAGGACGGAGAGCCCAUUUACAUGGCCGUGAAGGGAGUCGUGUUUGACGUUACAUCUGGCAAAAGUUAGUUGUAGACAUGGUGCAGCUCCUACAUCAACCCUAUCCUAAUGCAUUUAACAGUACUACACUGAAGUACAGAAGUGUGCAGCCUCCUCAUGUAGCCAAUGACCUCUUAUUCAUCUGAACACCUGCAUUUUCAGACUCACUUUACUGCCUUCUGGGAAAAAAAGUACUGAAGCAUUCGGGCCAGAUUUUAACAGUUUCUUUCCCUAAGCCAUUCGUCACUUCACUACCAAGUAACUGGACUGAAACACAGAUAAACAGACUCAUUAACUGUAAACUUUUGUUUGCACAAAACUUUGCACAAAUUGCUGCUACAACAAUUCAAUUAUCGUAUUUAUUUAUUAUUAUAUGGACAUCAUUUGCACUAACACAAAUCUGCACUGCAGCUUGGUCCUGGGAGAAUGUGUUUCGUAUCACUGGGUACUGUAUAUGGUUGGACUGACGGCACAAGCGGACUGGACUCGACACAAUAAACACGACUUUUAUGGCAAGAGCGCUUCUUACAAUGCUCUCGUGGGCAAGGACUCAACCCGGGCUGUAGCUAAAAUGUCGCUUAAUCCUGAAGAUCUGACCCAUGAUACAACGGGCCUUACGAAGGAGGAGCUGGAAUCCCUCGAUCGCAUAUUCAGCGAAACAUACAAAUCGAAGUACCCCAUAGUAGGUUACACACACAGGCGCAUUCUCAAUGAAGAUGGCAGCCCAAAUGAAGAUUUCAAACCAGAGGAUCAGCCUCAUUUCAACAUCCGAAACGAGCUUUGAUACUAAGAUAAAUGGAACAUUUAGGCUGAUUCAAUAGUAUUUGUUAAAGACGUUGUAUUGAUUAAUACUGGGACAAGAUUACUAUCUUGUGAUCUUACUAUUAGAUGUGCCUCUAACAAGAUUAAUUUUCUACUGAUUUUGCUGUUUUUGCUUCUCAUUUGUAUAUCUUGAACACUAUCUUCUUAAUUUGUUCAGACGAGUUUGUUUUCUGACUUUUGUCAUUUCAGACUACAAAGAUGUUGCUUUUAAUACAUGUCCAAUUCAAAUUUAUGCAUCUGAUAAAUUGUUUUUUUUUUUUACUCUAGAAUCCCUUUUCAGGUGAUAUGCAAUCUUUUUUUUGUUCAUGUUUUGUGAUCAUCUUAAAUAAUUCAUGGACUGUACAUACAAUUCACGGAACACAAUGAAAAGCUCAAAAAGACAUUAAUAUCUUGCUUGUAUAUUCAACUUUAUGUAUAUACAAAAUGGACUUAAUUUUUUGCUGACCUUUUGGUGUUAUCCAAAAUUUAGAGUGAUAUAAUAUUAUUUCUCUGCUCGCACCAGUGACCUGUAUGGUUGCGGGGAGGUGGGCUAAACCUGACAUAGUCUGGCGGUCUGUCUUUCUGCCCACAUGCGAGUAAACGAAUGAUGCAUAUACUAUGUAGGUUUUUCCCUGGUGGGUGCUUUGAAUGUCAUAGAAAACAGUUCACCCACCUGUAUGAAUAAAAAAAAAACAUUUUUUAAAAUAAUGUUUACAUAUAAUAUAAUUGGGUAGAACUAUAUUCUCCUCAUAGGUAUCAUUUUGCUUUAACCAGUGGUGUAUGACUGGGAAAGUUUGAUGACUCACUGCUAAAUUUGGCAUUCUGAAAUUGUAAAUAACACGGAGUUUAUUGGGCAAAUCUUAACUGCUUUUAUGUCUGGAUUUUGGGUACUUUACAGUUAAAUAUAUCAUAGUCGGUGUGAAUGAUUUCUGAACUGGUGAUGUUUUUUACACUAAUAAAUCACAUUGUACUCCAA